CGACCUCCGGGGGUCCGGGCACCGCUGUGAUUGGUUGCAAGCUCCGUCAGUCACGGGUGGGGGGACGCCCCGCCCCCUCGGGGCCGACCCGAGGCUGGCUCCACCCUGACUACCUCCCGGCCCCGCCUCCCUGCGAGCCGGUGGCCUCAGCGCCGCGGUCCGCCUCAUUCGCUGAGUAGGUCCAGGAAUUGUCAGCGCGCCCCCGGUGGCUGCUGAGCCGGGCGCCCGUGGGGCUUGCCGUGCUCCCGGGGAGGUGCUGUGCCAAUGUGCCCCGGUUCCCUGAGACAACAGCAGCGGACCGUCCAAAGCAACUCAGAAUUCAGGACCCGCAGCAGGGACGUCGGUUUGCGAUCCGGACUGGGCGAGAAGGAUGGAAAUCCUGUAUGAAUGUGGAAGCCAUUAGCGGAGUAAUUGCUGUCUGUUACCAUGACAACCAGCCGCUGCAGUCACCUGCCCGAAGUGCUGCCAGACUGCACCAGCUCGGCUGCGCCUGUGGUGAAGACUGUGGAGGAUUGUGGCAGCCUAGUGAAUGGGCAGCCGCAGUAUGUCAUGCAAGUUUCAGCCAAGGACGGGCAGCUGCUGUCAACAGUAGUGCGGACUCUUGCCACCCAGAGUCCCUUCAAUGACCGGCCCAUGUGCAGGAUCUGCCACGAGGGAAGCAGCCAAGAAGACUUGCUUUCUCCAUGUGAAUGUACUGGGACCUUGGGGACAAUUCAUCGGAGCUGCCUGGAGCACUGGCUGUCAUCCUCAAACACCAGCUACUGUGAACUCUGCCACUAUAGGUUUGCAGUGGAGCGCAAACCCAGACCAUUAGUGGAGUGGCUUCGAAACCCAGGCCCCCAGCACGAGAAGCGGACUCUGUUUGGGGACAUGGUGUGCUUCUUGUUCAUCACACCGCUGGCCACCAUAUCAGGCUGGCUGUGCCUGAGGGGCGCCGUGGACCACCUGCACUUUAGUAGUCGGCUCGAAGCCGUCGGACUGAUUGCACUCACUGUCGCACUCUUCACUAUUUACCUCUUUUGGACACUAGUGUCAUUUAGGUACCACUGUCGAUUGUACAACGAAUGGCGUCGGACCAAUCAGAGGGUGAUUCUCCUCAUUCCAAAGUCUGUCAACAUACCUUCUACCCAGCAGUCCUUGCUGGGCCUUCAUUCUGUCAAGAGGAACUCAAAAGAGACCAUUGUUUGAUGUUUGUGUGUGGGUUGGUUGAUUCGAUGUUGAGGGUUUGGAAGUUUCUGCACUGGGGUUAUGCACUGAGCCACCCCCAAACCCUUCCUUAAGCCCGAGGGCCCGAGAACAUCCAGAGCCUUGUGAGCACAUCGCCCUGAGCAAGAAACCCUGCCAGAAGAAAGCAAAUGCUGUUUUCCUUCAAUCCAUGGAUGCUGCAAUCAUAUGAUAUUUGCUAAGCUGCCAAACAUGUUUAUUUAGCAGAUACUGUAUGGAAUUUUCUGAACACCUCUUUAACAUAUGGGGAAGGUUGUCCUACUAAGGAUGCAAUGCAAUUCUUCCUUUUUUAUUACUAUUUCAAAUAUAUAUAAAUAUAUAUAUUAAACUUAGAUGAUAAUCAAAAUUGAAAAGCCAAUGUUAAAACUGGUUUCUUGGUUUGGAUGGGUUUUGCUUGAGUUAGUUGAUUUGUUUCCCAUUUUCUACUGUAUAUUAUUUGGGGUGAUUUGAUAGCUUGAGUGUCUUUUUUCAUCUCUUUCAUAUCCCUGCCUCAAAGAGUCAGUGCAACAACCACAGAUUAAGUCAUAUUUGAAGAAUGUUUUGUACUAAACUUUAUUUAAUAUUCCGUUUUUAAAGGGAAAAAAAUAAGGUGUGGCAACUCUCCCCACCAUGAGCUGUUUAUUUAAAUUUCAUUGAGGGGAAAAAAUGGUGAGAAGCACGCUCCUUUCAACUUGUUUGGUACUGCCAGCUGAUAGAAGCUAUUUUCUAAUAAUAAAUAUCCAGUGUG